AUGGAACUGCCACAAGAUAUCGCGAAGGAAUUGGCCGCCACCGCCAAGGCCAUAGCCGCCCCCGGCAAAGGCAUCCUGGCUGCUGAUGAAUCGACAGGCACCAUUCAGAAGCGUUUUGACAGCAUAAAGGGGAAACCUUCUGAACGUUCUAUCGCCGAAGUCGCCUACGGCCUCGCGCGUUAUGCAGCAAUUUGUCAGCAGAACCGCCUGGUGCCUAUUGUAGAGCCAGAGAUCCUGACAGACGGAGCUCAUGACAUCAACACCUGCGCUCGCGUGACAGAGAAAGUCUUAGCAGCUGUAUUCAAACAACUCAGUGAUCAGGGGGUUAUGCUGGAGGGUGCGCUGCUGAAACCCAACAUGGUGACACCCGGUGCAGAGUGUAAAACAAGAGCAAAACCCGAAGAAGUUGCAUUCUUCACUGUUCGCUCGCUGGCACGCACAGUGCCUCCCGCAUUGCCAGGGGUUACCUUCCUCUCUGGGGGUCAAUCAGAAGAAGAGGCGACGAUCAACUUGAAUGCAAUGAACAAGAUGGGGCCCCACCCAUGGGCCCUUACCUUCUCCUACGGCCGCGCGCUUCAGGCAUCCACUCUACAGGCCUGGGGAGGAAACCCCGAAAACAAAAGCAAAGCACAAGAAGUGUUGCUUAAGCGUGCAAAGGCAAACAGCGAAGCCCAACUUGGUACAUACGCUGGAGAUGCAGCAGCAGGUGGAGCAGCAAAAUCCCUCUAUGAGAAAAACUACGUCUACUAA